CUGUUCCGGUGUAUUUUGGUUGAUUUGUCGUCAGGCUCAUUCAUGACGGGUGUAUCCCGAAGAUGUCAACUCUCAAAGCGAUAGGUGUUUUUGCUAUUAUUGUAGGAUGUUUUGCCAUCCUGUAUCCAAGAUUCUUGCACCCGAUGCUAAUGCGCACAUUUGGUGCACACAGUGAACCAAAGGAGGAGCCAGGUGUUCCUCCAUAUCUUCGGAAAAAUGGCGUUCCUCCAAGAGAUAAACUUCCUCCGCCUGCUCCUCAUGAUUCCAAAGAUAUUCGCCAGCAUAUGCGGCCUGGACCCCAUCCUGGCCUACGUGCUGCAGCUGAGAUGCAAAAACAACAGUCACAGGGGACAGGUCGAGGAAUGAUGGGUAUUGUUUUACCAAUGUAUGCUGUUGGCAUAUGUGUUUACCUUGUUUAUACACUUUUUAAGGUUUUCAACAAACGUGGAAAGUAUGAAGAAUCAUCCAGCAAGUCGCGUUACCCGGAGAAUGAAAGUGCAGAAUGGACGUCAGAUCGACUUGGUUUUCCCCAAGACAUGAAGGGAGAUCCAGGAGAAGUGCAGCAGUUUCUGCAGCGGAAACGACAAGAAAAGGAGCUGGAGGACUUGCUGUUAAAGAUGGAUGACCGAAAUGUUUCGGAGGGUGAGAUGCAAGCUCUUCAGAAACGCCUUGAGGAGACCGAAGCACAAAUGACUCGCAUCCUUCAAGCAAUGCAGCUGAUGCAGUCCCGUAUGAACUCUGCAGUGCUGAAUGAAGAAGACUCCAAUAUUAUCAAUGAUAAUGGCACUGUCAGAGAAUCCAGCGAGGGCUCUUCUGCUGUGGAGACUUUAGGAUCACUGGUAGAUGAGCAAGAGAAUGAUUUGAAAAAUGAACAAAGCUUGAAUAAAACCUUUGGUGACUUAAGUCCUGAGACAGAGAGUUACGAGUUUGUCAAGAGUCAAGAGGUAGACACCAGCACAUGCAGCAUUGACACUGAACCACCAUCUCCGUUAGAGGAGGAACUUGCAGAGCUGGGUAAGAAUGGCGCAGUAAUAGAGAAAGUCAUUUUGGAGGAGCCUGUAGCAGAAGAAGCCAACACAAGCCUACGUCAGCGAAAAAUUGACAAGGUGGAAGAAGACUAAUUUGCAUCUGCUCAUCUGAGCUUCAGGGAUAAACACUUUGGUUUCAUUUCACUUUACAGAUCUGUGCAAUACGAGCAUAUUUAAACACAAUAGUGAUUUUUGCCUUUCAUCUUCUGUGAAAAAUGACGCUGUUGAAAUAGAGAGAAGAGUUUUAUACGUCAAAAGUGAAACUUAAGUAUUUUCCAGACUACAUUUGCAAAAAAAAAAAAAGUAACAGUAAUUUUGCUUCAGCAUAGACAAUAUUUCCUUGACUUGUGCAUGGUUCAAAGCCACGUGAGCUUGGAAAAAAAGCUGCAUAAUGGUGUACAUCCAUGUUCUUGAAUUCAUACUACUUUGUGUACUGCUCGAAGGAACUCUUGUUUCACUUGCUUAAAAAUUUUGUUUUGCGCUUUUUAUUAGUUUUGUGCUUGCUGCAUUUCUUAUUAGCACAUUUUAACAUUUUAUGAUUUUUUUUAAUCUUACCUGUUAAUGUUCUUUGUUGUUGUAUUUAAAAAUAAUCAGGUGGCUUUCAUUAUUUCUUUUCUUUUAUAGAUUUUUAUGAUAUUGCUGAUUUCUUAAGUUUUUCUUGGUCUGUUCUUUAACAGCUUGAAGGAUAAGAUUUUUCGUAUGGCUGUUUGUGUGUGUUUUAUACUGGCUUCUGUCCUUAUAUCAAUUGGGAGUAUUAAUUUGAUGGCAAUAAGACCUAGCUUUUGUUUAUUUGCUACUUUUGUUAGCUUCUUUAUUCCAUUCUGUGAAUAUACUUCCUAUACUUUGUACUAAGUUUUGCUACUUAUGUCAUGAAAUGCAACUUAUGACCUCAUAUGUAUAAGCUAUAAAAUCUCAAAUGCAAAAAUUUUUGUAAACAACUGGAUAUUGUAGAGCUGUAAUUUAUUCAACUUUGUGUUACAUGUCCAAAACAUAAACUGUUAUUUAGGCAGUACAGUUCAAGAACGUAACCCAUGGCGUAAAACACAACCAACCAAUCAAGAACGUAACCCAUACACAAGUUAAGGAAUUAGAGACUUUGAUCUUAAGAGAUAUUAAGAGUGUUUGAUGUAUUUACACAUUCGUGCAUAUUAUUGCGCAUUCUUCCAGAGAUGGACGCCCAUUUUAAAAAAUACCCUUCUCAUUAAGAUUUGUUGCAUGAACAAAAAUUUGAUGGAUUUAUCUGGUCAGUAAAUGUUAACAUUCUUCAUUGCAGGACUGAGUAAAGUUGAUAAUGUUCCACACCAAGAUUUAAAUUUCAAUGUAGCGUCUAAAUAACUUAAUAUUGUUAUAUACUGGUGGUCUUUUUUAAAGGUGUUGUAGCUCAUCGAAGCCUAAGGUCUUAAGAAAAUUGCAGUGUAGUUCUUGCAUAAUCUAUAGCAGAAUUGCUGUCCUUUUUUGUAUGCUCAGAAUGGCAGUUUUAUUUUAAUGUCUUGGACAUUAUGUAAGGUGGAGUGCAUGCAAGUAGGUUAUUUUAUCUUGUUAUUCUUUAGUAAUAGUUUGACUUGCGGUCACUCCAAAAAAAAAAAUUCUUGUGUGUUGGAGAUUUGCUGCAUUAUCCAUUUAGUGCAGCUUUUAACAUUUUUUAAAAUGUUUUUGCUGGAGCUUUGCAGACAUGGCACUUUUGGAUUUUGCUUUAUGCGUGUUUUUAUUUCUAGGGGGAGAAACCUAAAGGAAUAAUUUUAUUAUCCAAUCUUUGUGAUCGAUGUGCUCUAGCAUUAAACUUAGGAGCAUAAAAUACCAGUUAACAUCUACAGACUUACAUGCCUUGCCUUGGACACAGAGACCCACUUACAGUUCAUUGCCCAUAUGACCAGUAGGCUGUGUAAUCUUUACCUUUUAACUUUAUUCAUUUAUGUUUGUAUUUAUUUAAUGAUGUUCAGAUUUACUGUUCAUGUUUUUAAAAUCUUGAUUUAUCUGUGCUAGUUGUAUUUCCUAAGUGAGGUAUCUCACAAUGUUUCAGUUGCUAUAGCUGUUUUCUGCCUUCACUACCUGCCUCACAGGACGUGUUCUUGUGUCCAGCAUAAUGUACUCCUGUCGUGUGCUAACAACAUAGGUUUGUAGACAGGCUUUAACUGCUGACAGACAUGCCAUUCAAACAGUCACAUUUAGUGCACAGCUACCUGAUUAAAAAUUGUGUCUAAUGUUACAUUUUGUCCAGCAUGGUUUUGACCAAUAGUUUGACAUCAGUGACAUCCAGAAAUGAGAAGGGCAUUGUUAUGGUAAUUUCAACAAUACCUAACAUAAACCUGGUUCAGACUUGAUUUGAUUGUAUAUCUCAUCUGAACAAUUGUUUAUUUUCUGCAUGCUUGGUAGUUCCUGAAUGUUCACUGUAAUCCUCUGUCAAAAUAUUUUAAAUUAGGAGCUGAAAAAUUGGUUACAAGAAGUCACAUUUUACUUUAUCUUACUGUUGGGUUGCGCUGUAGGCAUCUUAAGUUACUUAAUCCAAGCAACCAAGUCUUCAUAUUAACAUCUGGUAUUUUAGUCAUCAGCUAAAAUAUACUUAAAAAAUAGAUGGUAGCCAUGUAGUUGUUGUGCCACAUCUGUUUUUACAGUCAUUACAUAUGGUUAAAUGUGUACAAAACUGCAUAAUCUGACUUCACUGGUGACUUUUGCCAUGAAAGUUGUUGUAUCAAGGGUCUAAAAUUCUUGAUGUCAUAUAUACAGAUUUUUAGUUCACGAAUAAAGAACUUUAUUCCUUGUUUA